UCAAGCAUCUCUACAACGCUCCUCAGGAGUCUACGGCAACGUCAGAGCCAAGAUGGGGCGGAAGGAGAUCAUCUGCAGCUGGAAGAAAAACACCAGUAACAUCAAGGAAAUCUUUGACUUCAAGGGGAAAAUGGGAUCGGGGUCUUUUUCAGAGGUCUUCAUGGUGAGAGAAAAGAAAACGGGCAAACUGUAUGCCCUGAAAUGUCUGAAGAAAAAGCACCUGGCUCACAGCAACCUGGAAAACGAAAUCAAUGUCCUAAGAAGGAUAAAGCAUGAGAAUGUGGUGGGACUGGAGGAUUUCUACGAGAGUCGGACACACUAUUACCUGGUCAUGCAACUAGUGUCAGGUGGUGAGCUGUUUGAUCGCAUUUUAGACAAAGGGGUUUACACCGAAAAGGACGCUAGCACAGUGAUCAAACAGGUCCUGCAGGCUGUCAGCUACCUGCACGAAAACAGCAUAGUACACAGGGACCUUAAGCCUGAGAACCUGCUGUACUAUAACACAGAUGAGAAUGCUAAGAUCAUGGUCAGUGACUUUGGUCUGUCUAAGACGUUGGAGCAUGGUGUGAUGUCCACAGCCUGUGGUACACCAGGAUAUGUUGCCCCUGAGGUUUUGGCCCAGAAACCCUACAGCAAAGCAGUGGACUGCUGGUCCAUUGGAGUUAUCACUUACAUCCUGCUCUGCGGCUACCCUCCAUUCUUUGAAGAGAACGAGACUCGUCUGUUUUCAAAGAUCAUGAGAGCUGAGUAUGCCUUUCACUCACCAUUCUGGGACGACAUCUCCGAGUCAGCUAAAGAAUUUAUCAGGAAUAUGAUGGAGAAAAACCCCACGAAACGCUUCACCACCGAGCAGGCGCUCAGACACCCCUGGAUUGCUGGAGACACAGCUAAAGACUUGGACAUUUAUCAGUCUGUCUGUGAACAGAUGGAGAGAAAUUUUGCCAAAUCCAAAUGGAAGCAAGCCUUCAACGCAGCCUCAGUAAUCCAUCACAUGAAGAAACUGCAGAUGUCCCACAGUGAGCCCUCCCCUCCACCCCUCUCCAUUCCCAACAUCACAGUACAGUCCUCCUCCCAGAAUGAUCUGGUGGCACUGAGGCCCUGCCACGACGAAGCAGAGGCCCUUGACCCCAACGGGAAUCCCGUUUGUGCUGCCAGCCAUCUGUCCUGCAGCAGUCCUGAUUUGGGCAGAGGUCUCUGUCCACCCCUGAGAGCCAGUCACAGUGAGCCCGGCCACGCCCUCACCGUCCAGGAGUCAAGAGGAGCCCAUAGCUUUCAUUCAGAGACCGAUGCGCCUUUCAGGCCAUCCAAGAGCAUGGAUGCAGUGGCUCAGAGGAAGGACCAGCCGUUCCAGUCCGGAGUUUGUUCCAUCAUGUGAUUGGCUGACUAACCUGAGAUCCGUCUCCUUCUCGGUCUGAUGGCGCUGACACGUCAGCAGUAAGCACACUCCAUCAACAGACGCAUACUGGAAAGAAAAAAAGGCUUUCAUGUGGAAUGGCUGUCUGAUGCAGCGAACAAGAACUAAGAAAAGACAUACGCAGGAAUUUGUCAUUUAGAAUUCAUUUAAAAUCCUGUUGUGCUGAUGACAUUUAUUUU